AUGGAAGGUAGUAUCGCUCGCCUUCCGGACAUUUUGGCCCUAAAACGAAAAUACAAGGCCUACGUGUACCUUGACGAAGCACACAGUAUCGGCGCCCUGGGGCCACAUGGACGUGGCGUGGUCGACUACUUCGGCAUUGACCCCUCCGAGGUGGACAUCUACAUGGGCACUUUCACAAAGAGUUUCGGCUCGUCUGGCGGUUACCUGGCCGGCAGUCGUCGUUUCAUUGAUUACGUGCGUGCGCAUUCCCUCAGCACCAACUACGGAGGCACCAUGCCGGCACCGGUCGCUCAACAAGUCAUCUCCUCCAUGCGCAUCAUCAUGGGUCGGGACAAUGUGGGAGAAGGUGCCCGCAGGUGA